AUGUUCGCAGAGUACCUCACCACUUCGGCGGGGGCGGAGCUUCUUGACCCGUGGUUUGCCAAGGCCAUUGAGCAGUUGCCCGCGACUAUACGCCAGGAGCUGCCGGACUUACCCCUGUGUGUGGCGGCCCCUCCUCUUCGGCUUUUCCAGGCGCGGCAGCGGCAGUUGGCUGUUGAGGAGCUCCAGGCACUCCGCCGCUUGGCUCGUGACGAUGCCACCCUGGCCCGUUUCACAUCCCUUCAGGGCCCGGGGGCUGGUGCAUGGGUUUCGGCAGUUCCGGCUCAUUCAGAUCUCACAUUCACUGCAGCGGAGUGGGGCAUUGCUGCUGCUAUACGGCUUGGUCUCCCAAUCCAGCAGCUGCAAGUGGCGGGGAAGUGUGUUUGUGGCACAGCGUAUGAUGACCCAGCAGACCCGCAUCAUGCGCUGAGAUGCAAGCACCAACACGGUCCAUCUCGGGUGCAUGAUGAGGUGAAGUUUGCGGUGGCAAAGAUCGCUAAGGCGUCAGGGGGGGUGGUGACGAUGGAGGAUAGUGCGGUGCUGCCGGGGAAGCGGGUUGACGUAGCGGUGCGACGACCAAUGGCUGGGGAGGCUCAUGCUUUAGAGAUUAGUGUCGCGGACCCGCUAUCACUGUCUCCAUCUCUGCUAGGGCAGUGCGGGCGGUCUAUAGGCGUGGCGGCAAAGGAGUGGGAGCGUCGCAAAACGGGGGAUUACGCGCCUCUUCUUGCACGGAACCGAGGCGUGCAGUUCACCCCUUUGAUAGUGGAGACGUGGGGGUGUCUCGGCGGUCGCUUCCGGCGGUGGCUUCGACAGCAGGGGGACGCGCACGUGGGGCUAGCUGUGUCACGGGGGGCUUGUCGGGAGGAUGACACUUCGUUCUCGGCUUACCUUUUGGGGUCUCUGAAGGCGCUCAUCGGAGUGGCGUUACAACGGGCGCAAGCUCGUGUCAUCCUGCUUCGGGCGGCGUCUUCCAUGGGGGGGUUGAAUGUGGACUUGGUGGAUCGGGAGAGGGACGAUGUCGAGGUGGAGGGCGGGCCUCUUUGGGUGGAGGCCCCCUACAUGGUGGAUGUGCAGAUGUGA